CCCGCGCCUGCGCAGUAGUGAGGAGGCGGGGUGGCCGGGCCCGGAGCGGAGUCCAGGUUUGUUGUUGUUGUCCCAGCCUCAGCGGCUCCUCAGUCGCCGCUCGUGCGCCGCCAUGUCCAGCCCUCAGGAACCGCCGCAGCAGCAGCACAACAACAACAACAACCCGCCGGCUGAGGGGACGCACACCGAACCGGGCCUCAACAGUUCCUGGGUGGAGUUACAGAUGAACGGCAACGGCAAUAGCAAUGAUAAUGGCAAUGGGAAAAACGGAGGUCUGGAACAUGUCCCUUCAUCAUCCUCCAUCCACAAUGGAGACAUGGAAAAAAUUCUCCUGGACGCCCAGCAUGAAUCAGGACAGAGCAGUUCAAGAGGUAGUUCCCACUGUGACAGCCCUUCACCUCAAGAAGAUGGACAGAUAACUUUUGAUGUGGAAAUGCACACAAGUAAAGACAGUAGUUCUCAGUCUGAAGAAGAAGCAGUAGAAGGAGAGAAAGAGUUGGAAGUUUUGAAGAAAAGUGCUGACUGGGUGUCAGACUGGUCAAGUAGGCCUGAAAACAUUCCUCCCAAGGAAUUUCAUUUCAGACAUCCUAAACGUUCAGUGUCUUUAAGUAUGAGAAAAAGUGGAGCAAUGAAAAAAGGUGGCAUUUUCUCUGCAGAAUUUCUUAAGGUUUUCAUUCCAUCUCUGUUCAUAUCUCAUGUUUUGGCUUUGGGACUAGGCAUCUACAUUGGAAAACGACUGACCACACCUUCAGCCAGCACUUAUUGAAAGAUGGAGUGCAAAACCUGGAAAUCCACGUGACCUGUGAAGGUGUUACUGUCUCAUUUAGUACAUUUGACUUGAGACCAUUUUAAGCAUGACCCUGACUUCACCCUUUCCUUACACAUCCAGGUUUUUGCUAACUCUGGAAUUCAGUAUUGUGUUGGAACUCUGUUGAGGUGUUUCGCUAUCUACAUUCUUUCCCUCUCCUCCCAUUCCCCUGCCUCUUGGCCUGCAAGACACGUCAGAGUUGCUGAACGGAGUUUACAACUGUCUAUAUGUUGCAAGGGCUUCUCUUGAUGCAAAAUGCCACCAGCAAAUUUUAAUUUUAUCAGUGAUGCUGUUGCCUCCUUAGUGCAACCUGACUUAAAUAGCAGUUGUGCAUGGUAUAAAUGUUGACUGUAUUAUGGUGAUAAAAUUAACAGUCUCUGUGGAAGAACAUUAUUGAUUGGAGUGAAAAUGAAUUUUUCUAUUGAAAAACAAGCUGGUUGUGAAAUAAACUAAGAAAUCACUGGCAAUAAAAAACAGUUUAAAUCAGCUUUUGGGGGAGUUUACUUGGCCCCUUGUAUUGGCUAACACGAUUUGAUUUGCAGGAGGCAAAGACUGCAUAAAUUUUGAAGUAGGAUAACUAAACCAUCAGCAUAUUUUAAUAUUAGGUAAUUGUUGUAAUCUUGUCUUUUCUAUGAAGUCAGCUCCUUAUUCCUUGUAGGAAAACCUGUCUGAUGCCUAGAAAAUAUUAGAAAAAUUGCAUUGUUUGCAUGUGAAGAAGCUUUUCUUUUCCUUACCUGUUUUCUAAAGGGAAAAUUUAAAAUGUGAAAUUUCCCUUUUAAAAGUAGUUUUAAAUUAAGGAAAAACCCAACAGCUGUAGGUGUAGUUAGACUCUGUAUAAAAGGAUAUGAUUCUGUUUGUUGUGGAACCAUUUACAGUUACGAUGAUAUGGCAGUUUCAGAAAGUAAAGCGUUUGACUUAUCUUUAAGGGGGACAAUCUUGCAGGCGUGUAAAGAUUCAGAAAUUGUAAAGCUCUGAAAUGUCUUCUGCAAAUGAGUUUUCAAUAUUCCUAUCUCUCAUUGUUUACUGUACAAUCUCCUUCGGGGAUACAUGGAAUCUGAAAGUCACUUGUGAUGUCUCAUGUUAGAUAGACUUCUCACUAAUGUUGUUGAACUUUUAUCUUAGGGAACAUUAAGCCUUGUCCUCCUUCAGUGACACUUCUUUUCAAAUGUGAAGCUUUAGUACCAAAUUGUUACAAAGCAUUGGGACAGUCAUGUCCUUAAAUAGAUUUUAUUGGAUUUCAGAACAUGUAGCAUGACUCUGAAGGAUAGAAUACUCUUUUUUUAUAUAUAUAUGAAUAUAUAAAAAAAAUAUGAUAUAGACUUUAAUACUAAGUAUUUAGGGAACCAAUGCUAAUUUUAAGACUAGCACAAAUCUCAUUUAAAUAAAAACUUCAGUAGGCGGACUUGUAGAAAAUGAUAAGAAAAUACAGUCAGCCAGUUUGGAGAGAACAGCUACCUAUAAUUGUUUGCUUGCAUCAGCCUUUAUAAAGCUGAUUAUUUGAUAUAGGAGUGAUGGCUUGAAACAGUUGAUGCAUAGAAGCUAAAUCCCAACUGAGAUUUGGUUUAAAAGAACUUAGCUCCCAGGAAGUAAAAAAGUUGAGUAUAAACCCACUGCUAAACUGUAUUUAUUUCUAUUCUCUACUUCUGAAUGCUGUUAGAGAAUGCUUUCAGGGUGAAAGGGCAAUCUAACAAAAAAUUCUCUUGAAGACAUCUGCUUUUUUCCUUUUAGUUGUGAAUACUAGUGGCACUUGAGUUGCCUACAACUGCAUAUUUGUUUCAAGUGUGGAUGUUGGGUUUCACCCAAAGGUGGGGGAGGGAAGGGGGAAGUGGUGAAGGGUGUUUUAGUUAGUAUCAAGUACAUCAUUUUACAGUCCUAAAAACUGAGGGAACGGGAGAAAGGCUGAAACACUUCCAGUUCUAAUUGCAGCACUUUGUUUUGUAUGGAAAUUGGAAUAGUGGAAAAAUAGAUUUUUUACUAAGUAGGGAGUACUUUUAAAAAAAAAUUAUCCCUUUCUAAAUUAAAAGGUAAUUCUUCUUCAGAAUAUCUGAUAAAUAAUAUUGCAAGCUUGUGGCUAGAGUAUCAACACAGCUUAUAAUAUUUGAAGGAGCCGUGAAGUAAAAAUUGUGAAAACUAUAGGUGAGGAAUGGAUACGUGAUAACUGUAACACUUGCUAGGAUAUAAUGCAGUAUUUAUUGAUACCCUACUAUAAGCUUUGGAUGACAGUCUACAACUUCUAGUUUUACAAUGAACAGAAACAGAUUGUUGUAUAAUUUGAAAAGGGGUUUCAACUAUUGAUAGUUGAAGUUUUGUUAAGAUAAAUGUUGUUUAAAAAGCUUUAUACCUGUUUACAGUUUUGGAAAAAAAAAUGCAGGCUUCAUUUUUCUUACAUUCAGCAAAAACUGGCCUAGAAUAUUUGUAAAUAGGAUCAAGAAGAAAAAUGCAUAAACUCGCACAUUAAAAAUGCAGCAGGCUAACUUGACUGCAGCAAAUGCAUAUUUACUUACUGUUUUAAAAAGUGAAAGCUGAAGAUUGUUAGAAAUUCAAAUUUUUUAAUUGACAUUUGUUGAAAUAUUGGAGUUAACUGAGCCAAAGUGAUUAUGCAUUCUUCAUAAAUUAGUUAGCACUUUGUAACAUUAUAUACAGUUUACAGUACCUGUAUAAGUUGUAGCUUAUAAACAUUUUGUGCCAUUAAAGCUCUCACAAAACUGGUUGUCUGAAAUUACUUCAUGCUGCGCCUGUCUUCUCUUUUUCUUUCUUUUAUUUUCUUUAUUUUUACAGGACUGCUUUGUAUAACGUUUUAUGAAACUAUUGUGUCCUGGGUUAUAUGAACAUUGAAGCUGCUGUUUAUAGACUGGAAUAAUUUUUUGAAAGAUUGCUUGGGUGGUUUUGGGGUUUUUUUGGUUUUGUUUUUUUGUUGGUUUUUUUUUUUUUUAGUGACUUGGGAUCAUCUGCUUCUUUUCCUGAAGCACGUAAUAAAAACAUUUCCAUUGUCAGCAACGUAUACCUGCGCCAAGUCCUCCAGCACCUUGUCAAGGAAAACUUGUAAAGCAAAAUAAUGUAGUGGCAUAUGAAAUGUAAAGUAGAAUUGAUGAGAUUUUGUAUAAUUGGUCAACCCUAUUGUACUCCUUGUAUUUCUCUUCUGUUUCCUAAUUCUGUUAAAUUUGCAGAUUAAAGAAUAAGGGACAUAAACCCUAGAUGUUAA